AUGUCCUUCCCAUCAUCCGGCUCAUUCACCCCCCUCUCCAAGUUCUCCCUACCUGCCCCGCUCUUCCUCCACCCGCAAGCAUGUAAUCCUACUAUGGACCUCCUCGUCCUUCUCUCUCCCUACCCCGCCCCGCCGCUUCCAGGUCAGACACCCCAUUCUAUGGCCCACUGGGCUAUGCGGGGUGGAGCAGCUGGGGGUAAAGGAAAGGACAAAGACGAGGGAAAGACUAGAGUCGGUCUUUGGAGGACUGGAGGCGACAAGGUCUGGGAGGUGCAUGUGGGCGGGCGAGUAGGGGGUAUGGCAUGGAUGGAGGAUGGAAGGUUCUUGUCGCUGCUGCUUGUAUCCUCAGGAGGCAAGACAAUCGACACUCUGUCGGUCCAUACCGGUCAAGUAGCUCGCUCGGUUCCUAUAGAGCUCGACUUGCCAGUGCUCGAAGAUGGACAGUGGAUUGAACUGGAGUAUACUGAUAGUGGCCUAGAGUGGGAGAAGCCAUACAAUGGGUCUGCAGUGAUGAUAAUUGAUUCAUUACCCCGAGUCACGCCGGUAGAGACUCCAAAACCCGUCAAUGUUCUACCAUUCAUGCGCCAAAAAGAGACUGCUCCAACCAAACAAGCCCUCCACCCUCAUCUGUCCACCUUUCCAGCCCUACUACCUUCCAUCCCACCAGCAACCUCCUCUAUCCUCAACAUCCACUCACCCUCAAUCUCACUCACCUUCCUCACCGGUACUUUCCCUCUCCCCCCGUCUCCGCCCUCGCGCGAAGUCCUAGAGAUUGCACAAGUAUCAGAUAGAAUCGUUGGUCUACUGGAUACUGUCCUACGAGGCGUUGAGGGGAUGGAACUGGCGUUUAGAGAGGGAGAAAAGCUCACCAUGAUUCAUCGGGAAGAGCUGGAGACUUGUGCCAAGCAGCAAGGGACUUCAAUAUUGGAUGUACAUGCGGAUCUCUUUAGGUUUCUAUUGACUGGUCGGGCAGGGGUCGCCGUGAGCGAGUGGUUGGGAAGCCGUAUGACGCCUAGAACAAUAACCAAAUGGGACACGACCAUGGACACUUCUUUCCAGACAAUUCAGAAACUCGUAUCCGAAAGCGUCUUCCCGUCUCUGGAGCGUAUAUUAUUGCUCUUGGAGGAGAUCCAAGGCUGGUCACUCACCCCGCGCUACCAAGAGCACCUCGAUCUCGGGGAUACAUCAGCUAUUGAGAGGAGCAUGCACCUCGUCUCGGGACUGGCCAAGCUCGUGGACGGGAUUCGGUUUAGUGCAAAGCAUGAGCAGCUUGCGGCGGCGGACUUCAUGAAGUGGCUUCGAUAUGACCGAUCGACUGAAGAGCCUCCAUACGCGACCCACGACCUCAAACUCGUCUGGUCGUUCCUCCAAAACGGUUUCACUCAAUCGCCUCUUCGAACCCAUUUCCCCGAUCUGCUCGAACGGCCCCCGAAAGACCUUUUGGACGAAGCUUUUGUCCAGGGGCUGGCGAGGAAAAAGGGCAGGAGAGGGUUGAACGAGGUGAUGGAUGAGACGAUGAGCGUCCUCACUCGACCUAGAGGUCAGCCUGCCUCACGGCAAGAUUCUCACGCAGAUUCGUCUAUCGCCCAGUCAAUGUCCAUCUCCAUGGCUAUCGACGACCCCCCUUCCCUCGACAUCUCCCAAGACCAAGAUAUCUCUUUCGCAUCGUCCUCUUCACACUCUACCAUCGCGGACCAUACCAAACAACAAGAAGAUCCGUAUGCGAUACAGGAGGUGGUAAGGACGAUGGAGAAGGAAGUGUGGGUAUGGUCGAAUAGCGUGGUGCAGGAGUGUCGGGCGUUGGUGACAGCUGCUGUGGGAGCGGCGAGUGGGGAGGUGAAGGAUAGAGGGAUGAGUAGGUGGGAAGGGUUGAAGGACCAGAGGGCAGUUGCACAGGGAAACUGGCUGGCCUUGGUACCACCAUCGAUGGAUCAACUAUGGAUCAUAUACGACUCGGCGGACCCGCUCGAAGCUCGAAUAGGAGCAUUCAACCUCGCACCUUCCUCUUCGCCCGUCUCAUGCCUCGCCUUGCAAUUCUUCGACGAUGAAGAGCUUGUCCUGCUGCUUGACGAUCAGUCGGAAGAUCAGAAACAUUUGGUGACUGUGCGGUAUAGCGAUCUCGAUGGGAUGAACUUUAUACCCGCCGGGUUGGAAGAUUGGGAUGUAAGCAGACUGGUCCAGAUAGGUCAGCGAGAGAUGGGCACGUUACCUCCAUUGCCAAUAGCGCGUUCCCGCCCUAUAGAAUUCCGUGUCCCCCUAGUUACCCUUGACCCCACCGCAACCUACCCACCCAUCUCCAUCGCCCUCAAUGGCCGUGCCGGCAGAAGGCUCGGGUGCUUGUUGGUGGAUGCAGAAGAGGGCAAGGCCGUUGAAGUUCUGGACCUAGAUGCUGACGAGGAUGAGGAGGACGAAGAAGAUGGAGAAGGUGGUAGGACAAUUGAUGAGGGCGAGUGCAUGGAGGAAGAAGAGUUGUAA